AUGACAGACACGCCUCUUUGGAAACGGAGCAAGGACGGACGCGUCUUGAUCACAGAGUUUUACGCAAAACGCUCUUGUGCCUUUGUGACUCUGCCCGGCAUCACAGGGAGGAUGAAGCUUGAAGUGCUGUGUGGAAGUCAGUAUGACACGAACCAUUUGGACAGGUCCGGCGUUGAAAGGAGCACGCUGCGGUCCCCUGUCUCCGCAGAAGAGGAGCUGGGGUCGGAUGGAGACUACGUGGUCCACAGCCCUGCACCUGUUACCCCGUGCGCGAGCAGCAAGUCCAAGCCGUACACACGGAGACCCAAGCCCCCACUCUCCUACAUUGCUCUCAUUGCCAUGGCCAUCCGGGAUUCUCCCUCCGGACGUCUGACUUUGGCGGAAAUAAACGAUUACCUAAUGAAAAAGUUCCCUUUCUUCAGAGGCAGCUACACCGGCUGGAGGAACUCUGUACGACACAACCUGUCUCUGAACGACUGCUUUCUCAAAGUCCUCCGGGACCCGUCCAGACCUUGGGGAAAAGACAAUUACUGGAUGCUCAACCCCCAGAGUGAGUACACGUUCGCGGACGGCGUCUUUCGCCGUAGAAGAAAGCGCAUCAGCAAGAAGUUCAGUCGGGAGAAGGAGCUGUGUGAGCAGGCAGAGGAGGCAGGGAGAAACCGACAGCCCGCUCCGGACACCGGUGCUGACGCACGGCCCAAGUUCACCAGCUCUUUUGCGAUCGAGAGCAUCCUCAGCAAGCCGUUCGAGAAGGAGUUAAACGCCGGACCAGUCCCUCACCCCCCGGCCUUCCCCUGGUCACUCUGCAGUGACCUGGCGAUGCGCCACUCAAACGCACCUGCCUCGUUUCCGUACUCCAAGCCUCCCUGGCACUUCGGCCCACGUUUUGCCAGCGCGUUUGGUCCCGGGCUGCUUCUACAGUCGAACGUUUACGGUAACUGA